UCGACCCCCGCCUCCACUCCCACCGGCGCCGGUCCCGCCUCCGCCACCACUCCCACCGACCACUCGACUCCAGCCGCUGCCUCGGCUCCCGCCACCGCAUCCCAGGACUCAGGCCGCCUCUUCCGGGUCACUGGUGACUCUGCUGCAAUCCAUUUUGUACUCUUAGUUGUCCACAUGGUGAUCGCCACUACAGAGCUCUCGCUGACAACCGUGCGCAUGAAAGGAGGCAUCAAGGGCCUGCCCAUGCUCCCUAGCACCAGCGCUGGCGUUCUUUGCCGCCGUACCUUCUCAGUGCCUUGGCUUUCUGCUCCAGUGGCAGGCACCUUGUGCUCCCGCUUCUCUACCGGCGUGCUGAUCCGCCGCAACCAUUCUUCGCUGAGAAGCAGAGAUGAUGGUGUUGGGUUUACAGGAGCUAUUUGUACCAUUGGUACCUAUUAUCCUACCAGAAGCACUUGGGGAUGUAAAGUUAAGCCCACAAACCACAUCCUGUCAUCGUCAACUAAUCUCACGUAUCUCUUAUUAAUUGGGAGCCUGAUGCUUUGGAAGAUGACUCGGACAAAGAAAAUGAAGGAUUGGUUUGCAUUUGUUCUUCUGAGUUUAUGCAUCUGGUUAGGACUAUCGGCUGCAAAGGGAAAUGGGCAGAUAGCUUUUCUUGUGGCGUUGUGUGAGCAGGCUGGGAAAGUCUAUAAGGUGCUGGACCAUUUAGGGCUUAUGUGAUCUUCUAGGCAGAAGAAAUGUCGCUCAGAAGUUCAUUGAGGAGGUCGAUCUGUUGGUACUCAUCAUUGUGGGUCUUGAGGUGGUCAAUCUAUGAGUCUAUGACAAUGCUAUUACUGUACUGUAGAGAACUCCUAGUAGGAGCAGAAGUAUCGUGAGCCCAGGGAUGUGUAUGGAUUGGGAUUGCCAUGGUGAGUUGUGGUAUACUUGUUUCUGGCACGUUUGCUGUUGCAUUGUGGAAAAGCUCGGGCACCGAAUAGAAAUAGGCGCAGGGUAUUUCAGCUGUCUGACAAAUAGGUUGUGACCGUAUUUGCAUUGCCAGUGGUCAUUCUCAUUCAGAUAGAUGGGUUCAUAGAUAGAACGAGGAGGCUGGAUUUGUAUGAUCACCCACCCUGGUUUGGUGGUCGCUGCGAAAAUCUUGAGAAAUAUUGUGGCAUGUGUGGAUGAUGCUAUGCUAUGCUAACAAGAUGAAAUGGGCGCGGUUGUCGCUAUGUUCUUGGCUGAAACUGAUUGGCCCCUGUUUAA